AUGGCUGGUAGAAUUCGACAGCCCGUCGACGAGGCGGCGCUUCAGAAGUUCAUUUCUGAAAAUGUACCUGACAUCAAAACACCAAUUGACCUCAAACAAUUUGGCUUUGGUCAGUCCAACCCAACAUAUCAAAUCACCGCUUCCGAUGGCCAGCGCUUCGUGAUGCGAAAGAAGCCACCUGGAAAGCUCCUCUCCAAGACAGCCCACAAAGUUGAGCGCGAGUACCGCAUCAUGCAUGCUCUUGAAAACACUGAUGUUGCCGUCCCCAAGACGUACUGCUUAUGCGAGGAUGACUCUGUAAUCGGAACACCGUUUUACAUAAUGGAGUUUCUCGAUGGUCGUAUUUUUGAGGACUUCACGAUGCCUGGUGUAGAGCCAGCCGAACGUGAGGCCAUGUGGCGCGAUGCUGUGUUAACCCUGGCUCGAUUCCAUGCAGUUGAUUACAAAAAGGUUGGGCUGGAAAAGUUUGGUAAACCAUCGGGUUUCUAUCAUCGACAGAUCAAUACUUGGGUGACGAUUUGCGGAAGCCAGGAAAAGGCUGUCGAUAUCGAGACCAAGGAAUCAGUGGGCAAAUUGCCAUAUUUUGAAGAGACUGUCCGUUUCUUUAAGAAUGAGCGAUUGCAGCCCAAGGACCGGGCAACGCUUGUCCACGGUGAUUACAAGAUUGAUAACCUGGUGUUUCACAAGACGGAGCCUAGAGUGAUUGGAAUAUUGGAUUGGGAAAUGUCUACCAUCGGCCAUCCCCUUUCCGAUAUCUGCAACUUCCUCACCAACUUCUACUCGGCCAAAUCCCCUGGUGCAACUCCAUACGAUGCAUCAGGAUUCCUCCCCGGCAAAACUGAUGGUCUUCCACAGCCGGAGAAGAUUCUGGAGUGGUACGCAGAGGAAAGUGGCUACGACGCUCGGCCGGAGGUGCCGUGGGGCAUGUCGUUUAGCAUCUGGAAGCUGGCGGGUGUGUGUCAGGGCAUUGCAGCGCGUUAUGCGCUUAGACAAGCGAGCAGUGAAAAAGCGAGACAGCAUGCUGAGACGAGGGGAUCUUUGGCUGAGUUUGCCUGGGCAUUGGCUAAAGAAGCUGGUGCCGACGAGACUGUGACAAAGUUGUAG